AUGUCCAACCCAUUUGAUUUAUUAGGUAACGACGUUGAAGACCCUUCCGUUGUCGUUCCAGCUCCAAAGGAAUUAGUCAAGAAAUCUACUUCUUCAAAGAAAGCUGAUGUCCCACCUCCAUCUGCUAACCCAGCUAAAGCUAACAAAAACAGACCAAGACCUUCUGGUAACGAAGGUGCUAUCAGAGACAAGACUGCUGGUAGACAAAAGAACAGAUCCAAGGACGUCCCAGCUUCUGCUACCACCAAGAGAUCUAACGUUAGAAGACAAUCUGACAAACACUCUAGAACUGGUAAGACCGACUCCAAUAAGAAGGUUAGCCAAGGUUGGGGUGACGACAAAAAGGAAUUAGAAACCGAAAAUGCCGCUGAACAAGAUGCUGAAGCUGAAAUCGCUGAAGAAGAACAAGAAACUGAAGAUGCUUCCAAGAAAAUGACUCUUGAAGCUUACUUACAAUCUCAAGGUGCUUCCGAUUUAAACAAAACCGUCGAACCACAAAACUUAAACAAAUUAGAAAAUGCUGAAUUAUUCGUUAAAGAACAAGAAGUUUACGUUCCAGCUACUAAAGUUAAGUCCGUCAAGUCCAAACAAUUGAAAACUAAGCAAUUCUUAGACUUCGAUGCUACUUUCUCUGACUCUUUACCAAAGCAAAAGAGAACUAACGUCAAGGGCCCAAGAAAGAACAACAACCAAAACAGAACCCCAAGAAGAUUCAACAAGGCUUCCAACGGUAACGCUGUUCAAAAGGAUAACACCAUUGACACUGCUAACUUACCAUCUUUAGCUUAA